UUCUUCUUUGAUUUUGCAUUCUCUGGGAGACUGACCGCCAGCGGCAAUGUGAUCGACGAGCGAGAUCGAUGGACACUGCCUGCACAAUUACAUACACCCAUUACUACUUUGGACCAGGAGCACCUGCUGUGGUUGCACGACUUGACUGCACGUGGUUUUCGUGGAACACGACAUCGCGGGAGAUCCAAAGCCAGCAGCAUAAAGGUCCGGAAGGGUGGCCGCAGUUUGAUGGCCAGCACAGUCUGAUUUGAGGGGUGGAAAUCGAGGGCAUCACGAUGCCUUCAGUCUCAGAGUUUUUGGCGAGGCGCGCACGAAUUACCCUCAAAAACUUCCAGAGCUGGUCGCCGCCAGUAGAAUCGCCGAAUGUCUGGCAGCCUGGGGACCUGGAGAAGCGCAUCAACAUACCCUGCUGCAACAGCAGCAGCCCAUCUGGCCUGGUGGAGGCGACCACUUCCGAUCCAUGGAACAAGUCGGGAAAGUACGCCCUCGGCUGGGUUUACUUUGCUGUCAUCCUUUUGGCACUCACUUCGGCACUGCACUGGUAUCAUUUCUGGAACGACAAGAUCCGCGUUGCGACGCACAAGGAGUCUGUCGAGGAUUCCAUCAAAACGGCAUCGCCGGCUACCGACUAUGAACUGUCUGCACUUGGAACGGACAGGUCGCAGCGCAAGUUCUUCCCUCGAGAAGGUCCGCUACCGCAAAGCCUCCACGUCGAUGAGGAGAGGUCGAAUAACCUGCUGGCCAAAACCACACUCGCUCUGGUGCGAUACCUAUUCUAUCGACCAAUACCAUCAUUGAGGAUUCACAAGCGGAUGCGGCCUAUUGUCUUUCCAACGCCAGGAGCCAUUCUUAUUGUUGUUGCGGCUCUUGCAUUCGUUAUUCUUUACAGCUUCCUACCACAACCAUUAUUCUACCAGUCUAUGCAAUUCGGGUCUCCUCCUCUGGCCAUUCGCUCUGGUAUGCUCGCUGUAGCACUAAUGCCAUGGAUCGUGAGCCUGAGCAUGAAAGCCAAUUUCAUCACCCUACUUACUGGAAUCGGCCAUGAAAGGCUCAAUGUACUCCACCGAUGGCUUGCGUACCUUUGCAUGAUCCUCAGCAUCAUUCACACGGUACCGUUCUACGUUACCUCGGAUCGAGAAGGCUUGGUGAUUUUCAAGAACAUGCUGCGAGCGCAGCAACCUGGAAGCUAUAUAUAUGGAACUGGUAUCGCCGCAUUGGCACCGCUAGCAUUCCUUUGCAUUCACUCCUUUGGACCGCUCCGGCGCAAGUUCUAUGAGCUUUUCGUCAUGGUCCACGUCCCCGUCUCGAUUGUCUUUCUCGGAAUGCUUUUCUGGCAUUGCCACAACUACCUCACGUCCUGGAACUACCUGUGGGCCACUGUCGCCAUCUGGCUCGGCUCAUACGUGAUGCGAUUAUUUUACCUGAACUGGACAAACCCUUUCCGAGUCUCUUGGGGAAUUGGCGAGGAAGCAGCGGUAACCGUCCUGCAAGAGAAUGUGGUCAAAGUGACCAUUCCCACGGAGACACGCUGGAAGCCUGGCCAGUAUGUCUACAUACGCAUGCCGGGAAUAUCCAUAUUCGAAAACCACCCUUUCACAAUUGCUUCGCUAUGCAGCGAUGACUAUCCCUCGGAAUACGGGGACAACCACAGAGACAUGGUUGUCGUGUUUAGACCCUUCGGAGGCUUCACCAAGAAAGUUCUCAACAGUGCGCUUGAUCACGGACCGUGGUGGACUUAUCGUACAUUCAUCGAUGGCCCAUAUGGUGGUAUGCGGCGAAGUAUGGAUGCUUUUGAUCACGUUGUCUUGAUUGCGGGAGGCACCGGUAUAACAGCCGUCGUAUCGCAACUGCUCGAUCUUAUCAAGCGCAUGCGUGAUGGCAAAGCCGUGACGAAGCACAUUCACCUCAUCUGGGCAUUGAAGCGGCCGGAAGUCAUGGAGUGGUUCAAGGAAGAGCUACGAAUCUGCCGGGAGUUCGCACCGCCUGACACAGUGAGCUGUCAAUUCUACAUCACUGCUGCGAAGCGACAGACACAGGGCGGCAAGCUCGUCAGCGCGCAGACACCAAAUCGACCCGUCAGCAUGGUCUUCCACGACAAGGUCAACGAUGUGUUUCAAAACAUCGCAAGCAAUCGAUACUCCAUGGGUUCUCAUCGGCAUUCGGCAUUGAUUCGCGACGAGGCCGAUGGCGAUCCUGAGAAGGAGCAGCAACUUCGUGAAGAAGGUGCGGAUCGACUGCGUCCCCUACCUGAGGCUCAUCUCAAGCCAGGCCGAACGCCAUCUCGCGGACGUGCAGCUCCGUCUACUGAUAGGCUUCGGGAUUCUCAAGGCUUUGACUUCGGCUUUCCAGCGACACCUACCGAGUUCCAGAAGAAUCUCAUGCGUUUCGCUUUCAUGCCCGCGGCGGUCAAGUCCCGACGCAGUGGUUGGAGUGUUGAAUGGGGAAGGCCAGACAUUCCGUAUAUGCUGAAAGAGAUCAGCGAGGAGUGGACGGGCCGGAAGGCGUGCGUAUUCGUGUGCGGCCCGCCCAGCAUGCGAGUCGAUGUCAGCAGCACAGUUGCGGACUUGCAGAAGUUGGUGCUGAAGAGCAAGAAGCUCGACGAGAUUUUCUUGCAUACAGAGAACUAUGCGCUUUGA